ACGCCUCCGGCGGCCGGGCCUCUCCUCCCGUAAGGCACCGCCCCCGGGCCAGCCUGUUUUCCUCUCCUGGGCGCGAGAAGCUACCCGCAAAGGCUGGUACGGCGCUCGGAACUUGACGUUAUGGGGCUUCCGGAGGAGCGGGGCCGGAGCGGGAACGGGAGCGGGAGCGGGGAGCGGGAGGAGUCUGGACCCCGGAGCCGGGUGCGGAGUUGGUCUCCGCCGCCCGAGGUCAGCCGUUCAGCGCACGUCUCUUCGCUGCAGCGCUACCGCGAGCUGCACCGGCGCUCUGUGGAGGAGCCGCGAGAGUUUUGGGGAGACAUUGCCAAGGAAUUUUACUGGAAGACCUCAUGUCCUGGCCCAUUCCUCCAGUACAAUUUUGAUGUGACUAAAGGAAAAAUCUUCAUCGAGUGGAUGAAAGGAGCAACUACCAACAUCUGCUACAACGUACUGGAUCGAAUUGUCCAUGAGAAAAAACUUGGCGAUAAAGUUGCUUUUUACUGGGAGGGCAAUGAACCAGAGGAGACCACCCAGAUCACAUAUCGUGAGCUUCUGAUCCAAGUGUGUCGAUUCAGCAAUGUUCUCCAAAAACAGGGUAUUCGGAAGGGCGACCGGGUGGCCAUCUACAUGCCCAUGAUACCAGAGCUCGUGGUGGCCAUGCUGGCGUGUGCCCGCCUUGGGGCUCUGCACUCCAUUGUGUUUGCAGGCUUCUCUGCAGAGUCUCUAUGUGAACGGAUCCUGGAUUCCAGUUGCAGCCUUCUUAUCACUACAGAUGCCUUCUACAGGGGGGAAAAGCUUGUGAACCUGAAGGAACUGGCUGACGAGGCCCUGGAGAAGUGUCGGGAGAAGGGCUUCCCUGUGAGAUGCUGCAUUGUGGUCAAGCACCUGGGGCGGGCAGAGCUGGGCACAAGUGACUCUCCCAGCCAGUCUCCCCCCAUUAAGAGGCCAUGCCCGGAUGUGCAGGGUAAGCUGAAAGAGAAACCCAAGCGCAUCUGGCCCCAGAUCUCCUGGAACCAAGGGAUUGACUUGUGGUGGCAUGAACUCAUGCAAGAGGCAGAGGAUGAGUGUGAGCCUGAGUGGUGUGAUGCUGAGGACCCACUCUUCAUCCUGUACACCAGUGGCUCCACAGGCAAACCCAAGGGUGUAGUACACACUGUUGGGGGCUACAUGCUCUAUGUGGCCACAACCUUCAAGUAUGUGUUUGACUUCCACGCAGAGGAUGUGUUCUGGUGCACAGCAGACAUCGGCUGGAUCACUGGCCAUUCCUACGUCACCUAUGGGCCAUUGGCCAAUGGCGCCACCAGUGUUUUGUUUGAGGGGAUUCCCACAUACCCGGAUGUGAGCCGCCUGUGGAGCAUCGUGGAUAAGUACAAGGUGACCAAGUUCUAUACAGCACCCACAGCCAUCCGCCUGCUCAUGAAGUUUGGAGAUGAGCCUGUCACCAGGCAUAGCCGGGCAUCAUUACAGGUGCUAGGCACAGUGGGUGAACCCAUUAACCCUGAGGCCUGGCUGUGGUACCACCGGGUGGUCGGUGCCCAGCGCUGUUCCAUCGUGGACACCUUCUGGCAGACAGAGACAGGUGGCCAUAUGCUGACCCCCCUCCCUGGUGCCACACCAAUGAAGCCUGGUUCUGCUACCUUCCCGUUCUUUGGUGUUGCCCCUGCAAUCUUGAAUGAGUCUGGGGAAGAGUUGGAAGGUGAAGCUGAAGGUUACCUGGUGUUCAAGCAGCCCUGGCCAGGAAUCAUGCGCACAGUCUAUGGGAACCAUGAACGCUUUGAGGCCACCUACUUUAAGAAGUUCCCUGGGUACUAUGUGACAGGAGAUGGCUGCCGACGGGACCAGGAUGGCUAUUAUUGGAUCACUGGAAGGAUUGAUGACAUGCUGAAUGUAUCUGGACACCUGCUGAGCACAGCAGAGGUGGAGUCAGCACUUGUGGAACAUGAGGCUAUUGCAGAGGCAGCUGUGGUCGGCCAUCCUCAUCCUGUGAAGGGCGAAUGCCUCUACUGCUUUGUCACCCUGUGUGAUGGCUACACCUUCAGCCCCACCCUCAUCGAGGAACUCAAGAAGCAGAUUAGAGAAAAAAUCGGCCCCAUUGCCACACCGGAUUAUAUCCAGAAUGCACCUGGCUUGCCUAAAACCCGCUCAGGGAAAAUUAUGAGGCGGGUGCUUCGGAAGAUUGCUCAGAAUGACCACGACCUGGGGGACACGUCUACUGUGGCUGACCCAACUGUCAUCUGCCAGCUCUUCAACCACCGCUGCCUGACCAUCCAGUAAACAAGACCCUGCCCUUCACCCAGGCUUGCCCCUGCUUGGCUUUGCAAAGUUUUCCCAUCCUCCCUGCCCCCAUCCAGGAGUACUGAGGGCCAGUGCAGACCCAUACCACUGUCUGGGACUGAGGACCAGCUUUGCCCCUGUGUGGAGGCAACUUCCUGUGGUUGCCAGAUAGAUAGGACAUGGCCCAGGUUAGCAUCAGCUUGCUGCUGAGCCCCUAGACUUUAAGAGCCCUUGGAGCCCAGAACAGGACCUGAAGGUCAUGUCCCUUACUCAAGUUAAGGAUGUAGAGGGCAAGUGAGGGCCUAGACUGAAGCAGGUAAGCAGCUCUGUAAUCCUGUCAGCUCUCUCAGGAAGCACCACUACUUAUCUUGGGUAUGCAUUUUCCCUUAGAAAUGCCUGUUUGUGAGUCCCAGAACAAUUGAUUAUUAUUUUUUUAAAUACUUUUCUGGUUCUGUUCUGGAUCUGAAUUCCCUUUUGUGCCAGAUGGCAGUGCUUUUCUGCCCAUUUGCUUCAGGGGCUAUGCAGGCAGGCUCAGUUUCCAGAGGGUUUUCAGAUUAUCUGCUGCUUUGCUGGAGUAAAUGUGUUUUGUUCUUAGGGCCAGAAGAGCUCAUCUUCCUUGUCCUCUGUUCCCAUCCUUCCAUGAACAGUCCUUCCCAUAAGAGACACUCUCAGAUGAAAUUCUUCUUGCUCCAGUCAUGCUCAGGCCCUAUGGUUAUAGGAAUAAAGUCUGUGACCUUAAGAAGGCAGUGACUUGUUUUCUUAGGUGUCUUACAGACUGUGUACUUGCUAGCUGUUCUGAUUUGUGUGGGGGAUGGGAAAGGGAGUGGUUUUCCCCAGGCAUACCCCAAUAUCCUAUUUCCAGAACUUUUGGUUUGGGCAGAUCUAGGCAGGGCUUCAUUUAUAGGCCCUUUGGCAAGCUCCUGAAUUAAGCAGGAAAGCAACUAAAGCCAGUUCACACCUGUGAUGUCCCAUCAUGGCUGCAUUAUUUCCUGAGCUCCUGCCAAGGGACCCUCUUCUCCGUAUGAUCCUACGGGAGCAUUACUGACCUCCCUAUGAUCUGGAACGCCUUUCCCUGAGCACCAGUGCUUGCUAUCUGGAAUCCUGCUGCCAACCAUCUGUAAUCACAGCAACCUGGAGCAUCACUGCUGGCUGGAAAUGGUUGCUACUAGGGUCAAGCCUUCCAAUGGGAAGCCACUGAUCCCUCUCUGCCAUGGAUUCUGACCUCUCUUCAGGCCUUCCAAGCUCUUUCUCACUCAGGUACUGUUUCUUCAAGCUGGAAUACUACUUUAUACAAUGAGGGAGCAAGACUAGAUGAACAGUGAUGUCCCUUCUCUCCUUGACAUACUAAGACCUAAUUACAAGUGGAAACUGCUACAGGAGAAACACAUGACCCAGGGCCUGGGAAGAAAUAGUUGGAAUUGGAGAUCCCUGUUCCUGCCUGUGACCGUAGGCCUAUUAGGCUUUCACCCCACCAGUGUGCCCAGUGUUGCCCAGGGUACCCACCGGUGCACAGCUGGGGUACGGGAGGCCAGGCCCCCAAAGCUGGCAGAGAUGGUGUUGAUUUCAAUCUGUUUCAGGACUGGGGAGCCAUCUGCAUUGCGCUGGAACAUGUAGUCUGAGCGGUUCAGGCCCAGGAACACAGUCUGUGGGGAAAACUGAAGGCUGAGUACAUUUGCCCAGGGCUGAUUGAGGGCCUAGCCACAGAACAGACAGGUAACAUGAAUUCUACAUAGAGAUCAGAGUUGCAGGCUAAUGCUCCAAAACCUAGUGGAAUCAUUCUUUUGGUCAUCCCAGGAUUGGUCACUGAUGUACAAACCUAGUGGAGACCAACAAGAGGCAGAUUUCCAUGAGCUCAGGGCCUGGGCCAAUUUCUUCUGGUAAAAAAAAAAAAAAGGGAGGGACAGGUCCUAGAUUGGGGUGGAGUGGGGACUGGUUACCUGAGCAAUGCCUUCUUUCAGGACUUGCUUGUAGAUGUUAAAGAGGCGAGCAGUGAAGUUGUCCCUUUUGAUGGUGCUGGAGGAGGAAAUAGAGCAUUUUCUAGGCUAAAUGGGAUCUUAAAGAUCAAAUAGUUCUACCCUCAUCCAUUGCCUCCUGAAUCUUUCAGUCUGCUGACCCAAACUUGAACAGCCACAUCAACCUGAUAGACAAUAGUGGUUUAGAACUCAGGUCUAGAGCCAGAUAACCUGAGUUCAAAUCCCGGCUCUACCACUCACCACUAGGCAACCUUAGAGAAUUAUUUCACUGUGUGUCUCAGUUUGCUCAUCUGUAAAAGAUAAAAAUGAAAGAUGGAGAGGAAAAUAAUUUUACUUCUAUCAUAGAGUUGUGGUGAAGGGUAAAUGAGAUAUUAUAUGUACAGAACUGAGCAUAGUGUCUGGUCCUGAGAGAAACUAAGAAAUGUCAUGUGAUAAAACCAUUCCAUCUUUGAAUAUCUCUGAUGGUUGGUAAACCUUCUGGUCGACAUAACAUUAACUCUCCAUAGCUUCUCCUACACUCUGGGGCUUCCAAGGACAAGUCUUUUCCACCUCUUAUACAGCAACUCUCAGAGAUUAAAAGACAGCAGUUAUGCUCUGUGCACCAAAGCAUUCUUCUGACUCAAGCUAAAUAUCCUUUUUUUUUUUUCUUCAGCCAGUCCUCAUAUGAUAUGAUUUCCUCAGGGCAACCUUCCCUAUCUGGAUCAGAUCCUCCUGCCAUGUGCUCUUAGAACACUGUGGACCUCUCCUUUGUAGUACAGAUUAGUUUUAAGUUUCUGUUUUAUUUCUGUGAUAACUAAUGUCACCUCUCCUAUUUGCCUAUAAACCACAUGAGGGUAGAGACUUUGUCUGUGGUAGCUCAUCAUCAUGGCCCAGUGUGCUGCUGUGACAUGUUAUAUGAAGUAGGAGUCCAUCCAGUGUGGAAGAGGCACCCACAGGUAACUAACACCACACUUGUUGUCUGUCAAGAUUCAGGGCAGUCUCUACAUCCCUGCUCAAGCCUAACUCACUCUCCUCACUUGUUACAGGGACCCCACUGAGCCCAUGUAGCUCAGGCCUGCCCUGCAGUUCCUCUGUUCCCCAGCCAGCUCUUUCAUGAGGCCUUUCCCAGCCCUUGGUGAGGAGAGUCCCCAGCUGGGCUUCAGCCUCCAAGAAAGUUGAGACACAUUUUUGCUUUACUGAAGAGGUGUGUCCCUUCAACCUAGGUCCCAGGCUGCUAUUCUAGCACAUGUGAUACUAGGGCUCUAUUCCCAUACAAGCUAGGGUUUGUGUGUAUUUCAGAGGACAGAGAAACAGGGAAGGCAAGGUUGUAGACAUGGACUGCAGGAAAGGUCUCCACAUAAUUGCAUCUUUAGGGCAAAGAUCAUAAAUCAGGUUGCUCAUAUAUUCUGCAAUCCAGAAUCAGAGGUACAAAAGCCAGGCCCACCCCGAAAAAGACCUGGGGGGAAGGUGGUGGUAGGGUUUGUACAUUCAUAACUCAUUGCAUUUUUAGUUUCAAGUCAAUGGUUUCCAAAUUUCUUACCAUUAUGAUCCCUUCCCAUAUUCACCUUCACACCAAUGUGCACAUUUUUAAAAGAUUGUAUCUCUGGGGUGGCUGGCUGGCUCAGUCAGUGGAGCAUGCGACUCUUGGUCUCGGGGUUUUGAGUUCAAGCCCCAUGUUGGGUGUAGAGAUUACUUAAAGAUAAAAUCUUAAAAAAAUUUUUUGUCUCUAACAAAAUAAUUGUUUUCUUUUGAAAAAUUAAUCAGACAUGCAAGUAUGUAUGUCUAGUCUGUUUAUGUAUACACACACACACACACACACACUUAUUUAUUUAAUUCUAAAAUAAAGAAUUUGGGGCGCCUGCGUGGCUCAGUCGGUUGAGCGUCCGACUUCAGCUCAGGUCAUGAUCUCGCGGUCUGAGUCUGAGCCCCGCGUCGGGCUCUGUGCUGGCAGCUCAGAGCCUGGAGCCUGCUUCGGAAUCUGUGUCUCCCUCUCUCUCUGACCCUCCCUCACUCAUGCUCUGUCUCUCUCUGUCAAAAAUAAAUAAACAUUAAAAAUUUUUUUAAAAAUAAAGAAUUUAAUUCUAAAGUAAAGAGAGGGGCCUGAGUGGCUCAGUCAGUUGAGUGUCCAACUUUGGCUCAUGUCAUGAGUUCGAGCUCUGUCAUGAGUUCACGUCAUGGCUCAUGUCAUGAGUUCGAGCUGACAGCUUAGAGCCUGGAACCUGCUUCGAGUUCUGUGUGUGUCUCUCUCUGCUCCUCCCCCACUCAGACUCUGUCUCUCUGUCUCUGUCUCUCUCAAAAAUGAAUAAACAUUAGAAAAAAAAAUUGAAAGUAAAGGAAUUUCCCUUGUCCCAGGGCCUGAAGAUAAAAAAAGGAUUAAGGGAGAAGAGACAGAGCGGUGGAUGGGGUGAACCAUUUCAGGAGUUCUGUAUCCUCAUGCCCUGGGUGGGGCCCAGUCUACCCCCCCAUCUCACCCAGAGAUAAGAGGGCUGAGGAAAAGAAGUUAGAAAUCUGACUUUAAACCCAGUAAUCUCCUUUGCCCUUUGUUUUCCCUAAAACAAUGCUGACAUUCCCUAAUUCCAAAUAGAAAUCUCAGUCAUCAAAGCAAGGGGCCAUGGAUCAGAGAAUCACAGAAUGUGAUUGGAAGAGAUCUUAGAUUUACGCCAACAUCCCUACAUUACAGAUGAAGUAAUUGAGGCACAGAGAAAGAAAGGAAUUUGCUUGCAGCCAUAUAAAUGAGGAUUAGAGCCAGGAUUAAAAGCCAGCCCUCUUGACUUCUGUUCUACUACUUUUGUUUUCUCUGGGGGGUACCUGUCCCCAACCCCACCAAGUCAGCUGCCAGAGCAACAUCUCAUGGCUCCUCAGUCUUCCAGUCCCUUGGGUUCCAGCAACUCCCGGCCCCUAUUGCCCCAUCACCCAGUACCUGGAGAGAGUCUGCUCCAGAAAGGCUGCAUUCUGGCUGACAGCAUCCACCAGCAUGUUAAAGUCCAUCUGCACAGCAUAGGCCUGCUCCAGCAGGGCACUGGGGACCAGUGAAGGGAAGAGCGUGAAUGGGGCAUAGCUUACCACCUGAUCAAGGAGAAAGAGCGGGCAGGGUUAGAACACCUGUAAAUGGGCUGUUUUCUUGUAAACAUAAUCCCAUGAAAAGUGUAACCUACAUUUAUUGACACACAAACUGCCGAAUAGUGGUUACCUCUGUGAAGGGAGGGAGAAAACAGGAUGAUGAAGGGAUAUAAUGGGAACUUUCAGACUCUGUAAUAUUCUAUCUCUUUACAUUAAAAAAAAAAAAAAAAAAAAAAAAAACAGAAGCAAAACAGCCAAAACAAAUAAACAAAACCACAAAAAAUUGAGCACUUACUGUGUACAAGGCAGUUUUAAAUACCUUACAUGGAUGCGUCAUUUAACUCUGUGAGGCAGAUACUAUUAUUAUCUGUUCUUUUUUUUAAUGUUUUAUUUAUUUUUGAGAGACAGAGCACGAGCAGGGGAAGGGCAGAGAGAAAGGGAGACAAUCAGAAGCGGGCUCCAGCUGAGCUAUCAGCACAGAACCUGAUGCAGGGCUUGAACCCACAAAGAGUGAGAUCAUGACCUGAGCCAUAGUUGGACACUUAACCAAGUGAGCCACCCAGGCGCCCCUAUUAUUAUCUAUUCUUAAUAAAUAGAUAAAGGGAAUUGAGUCUCAGAUUAAGUAACAUGUCCAAAAUUAUAUAAAGCUGUUACAUGGCACUGGGAUUUGAACCAAGGUGGUUAAUAAACAACACACACACACACACACACACACACACACACAGCUCCUAGCCAGGGUCCUAAACCCAGGACCCUCGUGCCAGGAGCUCCCACCCCAGCCCCCUUGCCUUCUGGUUGGGGCAGAGGGAGAGUCCUGCUGGUAGGGCUGCAUCAGAAGUGAUCUCUGGCCCCCAGAGUAGAAGUUAGGAGUGGUUUCUCCCCAGUGUUGGAGACAGUGACUCAGGUUGCCAGACCUGGAGUUAGGCUGCAUUCUGAGUUCUUUGGACUUUGGCAGAACCAGGAAACCCAAAUACCCAUCUGGAACACUAUUUCUAGAAGGGGAUAAUGCAUUUGGAGAUUCACAACAACAAAUGAACUAGAAUUUGGGUAGGAGAUGAUAAAAUGACCUUGUGAUUUAUAUUAUGAUGUAUUCCUGAGUUUAACCUCUGAGUUAAUAUCAAUUUGCCAUUAUCAUAGUAUGAGUUUAUGACAUUAGAACUUGGCAUUUAUAUAUUUAAAAAUAUUUUUUGAACAAAUGAUACAAAAUUCAAGAGACAGAAGGAUACAUAGUGAAAAGUAUGUCUCAUUCCCUGAUGACCCAAUUCUCCUCCCCAGAAGCAAAUUGUAUACUAGUGUCUCACAUGUCCUUUAGACUAUAUGUAUAUACACAUUUUUCUUUUUUUACACACACAGAAGCACAUGGUACAUAUAUUGUUCUGUCCUUUGCUUUAUAAAUAUUUCAGAGACAUUUCCAUAUAUGUUCAAAUAGAUCUCAUUCUUUUUAAUGCCUGUAGAGUAUUCCAUUCUUUGGAUAUAAAAUAAUUUAUUAAUUCAAGUUUUGUCUUUUUUUUUUUUAAGUUUAUUUGUUUAUUUUGAGAGAGAGAGAGAGAGAGAGAGAGAGUACAAGUGGGGGAAGGCCAGAGAGAGGGAAUCCCAAGUAGGCUCCACACUAACAGCACAGAGCCCAAUGUGGGAUUUGAGCUUAUGAACCAUGAAAUUGUGACCUGAGCCAAAACCAAGAGUUGAACACUUAACUGAUUGAGCCACCCAGGCACCCCUGAAUCUAGCUUUCUGUUAUGAACAUAUAGGUGGUUUCCUCCCCCCACCCCAUUACAAUCAAUGCUUCAAUCAAUAUCCUAGAGUAUAUAUUCUAGGUAUUUUGUGUGUGAAAAAGUCCAUAAAUUAUAAAUUUAUAAAAAUGGAAAUGUCAGAUAAUUAGAGUAAAUCCACUUAAAAUUUUCAUAGAUAGUUCCCAAAUUACCUUCCUCAAAAUCUCAGAAGACAAAAGUGAGGAAGGAUAUUUGUGAGAAUAAGGUUUUUUCAGCUUGAAGCUUUUCUGUGUUAGGCUGGGAAUCACUGCAGAUUACAUAGGGGGUCACCUAAUACCCUGAGUGCAUGUGUGAUGACAAUAAGGGCAUUUCCUUGGCUUUAAAACUUAGAACUCUGCUUCCUCCAACAAGUCUCAUUUGGCCUGAAAAACUCACAAAGGCUUUUUCUAGUAAGACUUCCCUCUGCCUCUGUCCCCAUGACUCAUGCCCACUUGAAUUUGGGAUCCAUAGUAUACAGCUGUUCUCCACUGUGUAUAGGCCAAAGGCUGAAACACACAGUCUUUUAACUUUUUAUGGAGACACAGGCACAGAGUAAUAGUCUUCUACUCUGAGAAAAACGGUAGCAUGUGCAUGACAAUAAAAGAUAUCCAUAGUCAAAGAAACAAAGAGUGAUGGGAAGAAGAGCUCCUAUUUCACCUGAGGGGCCAGAUUUUUUUUAUUUCAUGAAAAAAAAAUCCAAACAAACAUUGGGCCUCACAUUUUAAAGACACUGAUGAAAAAACUGUUAACAAUGCUUGUCUCUGGGGAAGGAAACAGUGGCUAGAGGGAGGAGACUUAUUCUACACUGAAUUCCCUUUAAAUUUUGUAACCUGUUCAUGUUUGGUUUUUUUUUGUUUUUUUUUUAAUUAACUCCCUAAAUCUGCAGGGACCAGCUAUUAAUUCUGCACUUGGUUUGUCACCCCUACCUACAGGAUAAAGUUCAUGUUCCUCUUCCUCCCAGUAUCCAAAGCCUCUUGAUUAUCUGACUUCGACCUGUCUUCUGUCCCAUAUUCAGCUGCAUUCUCUUGAACAUUUUGUGCCUUUUCCUAUUUUAGACCCUCUGUUAUGCUGUUCUUUUCUAUUUAUUUUUUAAGAUCUAGUUCAAAUACAACUGAUGAGUUGCUCCUUCGUCUAGGUGUCCCAUACAGUUUCCUGAGAGAGGCAGUAAAGAAUGGAAGUUCAGAGCAUGAAGUCAGGUGGCAAACUCUUUGGGUUUGAAUUCUGGCUUUGCCAAUUCCACAACCAUUUGAAUGACCUCAGGCAAGUUACUUUACCUUUCUAGGCCUUGGUUUCCUCAUCUCUGUUGUGAAAUUUAAACGAGUUAGUGAUUUCAAGCUGUUAGAAUAGUGCCUGGCACAUAGUCAAUAAUAAACAGUAGCUAAUAUUGUGCAGCAGGCUCUCUAUGUUUCCUCAUAGAACUGACAUUUAAUUUUGUCUUGUGGCACAUUCUCCAACUAGACCAUGCGCUUUAGUGGCCAGAGUCUCUGGCUGACUCACCUGUGUCCUCAGUGUCUAGAAUGGCCUGGCAUAAAACAGGCACCUGACAAAGAUUUGGACUGAAAUCUCUUUCUCUUUCUCACAUCCGUACACAUACACAUAUUUCCUGUCUUUUUUCUUUUUGAUGUUUAUUUAUUUAUUGAGACAGAGAGAGAGAGAGAGAGAGAGAGAGAGAGCAAGCAUGAGUGGUGGAAGGGCAGAGAGAGAUAGAGACAGAGAGAAUUCCAAGCAGGCUCCACACUGUCAGCGCAGAGCCUGACAUGGACCUUCAAUCCACAAACCCAACAGUGAGAUCAUAAGCUGAGCCAAAAUCAAGAGUCGGACGCCUAACUGAGCCACCCAGGUGCCCCAUUUCCUGUCUUUUUUCUCUGAAUUGGGAAUCUCACUGAGGACUAUGCCUUUUCUAGGCUCCAUUAACUUCCAGAAAGACCAAGUGUUGGACCUUCACACAAUACCUAUUGAUUAAUAGAACAAAAAAAUCUUGGAGGGGAAAAUGCUUAAUCCUGGGUUCAGACAAACAGUUCACAUAAUGUAAAGUUCACAAAGCAAGCAAUUAUAUUCCCAAAGCCAGAGGCAGACCUUCCACAAUGUCAGCCUACCUUAGGUAACAGCCAUUCGCAUUCACUCAGGCCUCAGCAAAUAUUUAUGAGUCUGGACUCUCCACCAGGCCCUUAACUUAGUAAAAAAAAAAAAGAUGGUCGCAGCUCUUUAGUUACUCAUAUGGAUUGUCACAAGGUAUACUAGUAAGUAAAAAGAAAAAAGCAAGGCACAAAAGAGUUUGUCUAGGAUGCUUCUUUGUGUAAACAGUGGGAAAAAGGAAUAUAUACUUUUUUUGUUAUGAGUAAACUAUAGUAAACUAUAUGAAAGAAUAAACAAAAACGCUAAAACACAGCUUGUCUUCAGGUCAGGAGAACCGGAUGGCUAGGGAAUAUAGAAGAGAGGGUUAAACUGUAAACUCUAUGUCCUUUGAAUUUUGAACUAUGACAAUGUCUUACCAGUCACAAAAUAAAAACUUUUUUUUAAGGAUGAGACUUUUAAAAAAUGUGGUUUGGACUUAGCAGUUCUACUUUUAAAAGCAUCAACCCUACAGAAGUACCCAAACAGGCGUGUAUGUAGCUGUUCCCUAUAAUGCUGUUUAUAAUCAUAAAACAUUAGAAAUCAGGGGUACCUGGGUGGCUCAGUCAGUUAAGUGUCCAAGUCUUGAUUUCGACUGAGGUCAUGAUCUGACCGUUCAUGGGUUGAAGCCCCUCAUCAGGUUCUGCGCUGACAAUGCAGAGCCUGCCUGGGAUUCUCUCUCUCCCCCUCUCUCUGCCCCACCCCUGCUCAAGCUCUCUCUCUCUCUCAAAUAAAUAAACUUAAAAAAAAAAAGGGCAUUAAAAAAACACGUUAAAAAUCACCUAAAUAGAGGAAAGUUAAAAUGUGAUUCAUCUAUAUAUGGAACACUGUAUCAGAAUGAAGCUAAUCCUAAUGGAGGGAGUUGUAAAGAGUUCAACCGCAGAUUGUUAAAUGAAAAACAAAAACACAAUCACAAAAUAAUCUGCAUGAUCUGUGUGAUCCAAUUUGUGUUUUAGAAAACCAUAUAUUUUGGGGCACCUGGCUGGCUCAGUUGGAAGAGCAUGUGACUCUUGAUCUGAGGGUCAUGGGUUUGAGCCCCACAUUAGAUGUGGAGGUUACUUUAAAAAAAAAACUUAAAGGGGCACCUGGGUGGCUCAGUCGGUAAGCGUCCAACUUUGGCUCAGGUCAUGAUCUCACAGUUCGUGAGUUCGAGUGCCCCGUCGGGCUCUGUGCUGACGGCUUGGAGCCUGGAGCCUGCUUCAGAUUCUGGGUCGCCCUCUCUUUCUGCUCCUCCCCCACUCACACUCUCUCAAAAAUAAAAACAUUUUAAAAAAAACUUAAAAAGAAAAGAAAAUCAUAUAUUUCUUUAUAUACACAUAUAUGUAUAUAAAUGCACAGAGAAGGAUGUACACAGACCAGUUGUACAGAUAUACUCCCCCUCUGCAGUGUGAUUAGGUAGUCUUAAAAAAUAAUAGCUCACUGGACAAAGUGUUUCACAUGAAUUAUCUUCUCAUUCUCUUACCAACUUGAAGAGGCAGGUCCCAUUAUUAUCCCUUUUUUAUUCUAUGAAGAAACUGCAGCUGAGAGAGGUUAUGUAACUUACCUAAUUCAUACUAGAAACUCCAGACUUAAAUUUUAUGAUUACUCUCAGCAGGCUUUUUACAUAUAUCUAGAGAUCAAUUUUAGUUAUUGAAAAAGAUAAAAUAAAGCAAAAAAGAUGUCUCGACCUAAAGGAGCUGCUUUUAGCCUGGCAGGGACCAGAAAGUGAGCAUUAGGAUCCAGAGCAGUGUCGUCAGUGCUUGUGAGGAGGGGUCAGGGGCUUACAUCGGAGGAACUGGGCUCCUGCAAGGUCCUCAGCAGCACUCCCUCAGCCAGGGCCCGGUCCACAGCCUGCCGUGCCAGCUCCUCCAGCUGCUGCUCAUCCUGCAAGAGGCUCCCCCAGCCGGUGGCCAUCCCAACCUGCAACAGGAGAGGGGAAUGAUUGGUGAUGGGUUGCCUGGGGCCCACCCAGCAACCAAUGAAACUGGCAGUGUGGUACAGGGGAGUGAACACUGGAUGGCAGCUCUCAACUUCCAUGAGUGCAAAAUGGAAAGCCUGACAAAGCAUUUCCACUGCCACUCUCUUGGUUCCUAAUACAAUGAUGGCAUUAUUCUUACAGUAAGGAAGUGGAAUCUCAGACUGGUAAAACCUGGAUUUGAACCCAGGUCUCAGGACUCCCAGCCCAGGCCUUUUACAUUGGAGAAAGAGGCACUAAUGUCAUAUGUGAUUGGGGCAAGUUCCUUCCCCUCACAGAGUUGCAGAUUCUCUACCUGUGAAACAAGGGGUAUGAGGUAGACCAGUGGUUUCCAAAUCUGGCUAAAUAUUCUGGGGAGCCUGGUAAAGAAUACAGAUUCCUGGGCUCCACUCAGAGAUUCUCAUGCAAGAGGUCUGAUGAGUGGAGGGAAGGGCUGAAGCUCUGUAUUUUUAACAAAUUUAAAAUCACUGCAAGAGAGUAUUAAUUCCCCUUCUAGCUCCAACAACCCAGGUCAGCAAAUCUCAAAUUAUGUGGGGGGUGGGGGUAGGAGGAUCCCUUUGUAGAAUACUAUGAAAUGCAGAUAAGGUGAACUCCUCCCUCACACUAAGCAGAAGCAAGCUCAUUAGCAGGACAUGAUUACAUUCCCUAUAUGGACAUCUAUCAUCACAGCAGCAAGACAAAAUAUUUUUGAGAAAUCACAUUAGCAGAAUAGAAAUAACUGAAACCCAAGUGCCCAGUGUAAUAGGAUGAGGAGUCCAACUGGCUGCCCAGAGACACACAGAUAUGAACCAACUAACACCUUGAUACUAAUUUUACAGCAGGCCUCAAGGAUUUAAGAAGAUCUGAAUAAAAAUCUGGAAACACCAGUUAUUAAUUUUGGUUUGCCCUACUGUCAUUUGAUUUUAGGAAAAGAACAUGGCUACCCAGCUCAGUUGUCCCCAGAAAGGGAGCUAGAGAACAAGUAACAAACUGGAGAACAACAUUCAGUUCCAUCUCCUUCCCCUUAUAACAAAAUUGGUGCGAAACCAAUUAUGAAAAUCUGUUGGCCUCAGCACAACGUUUUCAAAGAAUGACCAUGUAAUUUCAAGAGGAUCCUAACAACAUUUCUGUCCAAUGAGACACAGAUAAGGGCUCUACGACUACAGAGUCAUAGUAGAGCCCUGGGGUCAGUCAGAUAUGGGUUUGAGCCCAUAAUAUUACUUCCUUCAUAUAUAAGGUCCCCAUGUGAAUUAAAUGAGAAAAAUCUGUGUGUAGUUCCUCAGCAGGGUUUGUAGCUCUAUACAUGGGAGCUUCUUUUUGGCUAUACCCACUUUACAGGUGGAAGACUUGUCAGGAGGUCACACAGCAGGCUGGUGGCAGAGCCAGGACAAGAACCUAUGACUGACAUUAGAGCAAUGGAACCCUCCAUUAGCCCCCAUCUCUUAACAUCUCUGGGAUUCCAGCAUCUCUGCCUGCGGUUGGACUUUUGUCUACUUGGUAAACACUGAAUGGCAUCUACUGCCACGCCCUUGACUAGGUACUGAGGAUACAAAGAGAUAAAACAUAAAGAUAAUCACUAUGUAAAGUGCUGAUUGGGCCCUUUGUUUUUCUCAUUCUAUAGUCUCAACCCUGUGGCUUUGUUUGUUUUGCUGAGGACAUUCAAAUCUAUACUUUCACAGUGGUGCUUUCCUGACUUCCAAACUGUAAUAACCAACUGCUUACUGGGAGUCUCCACAGAACCAGAAUAGAAUUUGUCGUCUCCCCACAAAUCUGCUCCUCCUCUGAUGAACCCCACUCAGGCACUCAAGACUUGUACACACUUCUCUCCAACACCCCAGUCUCCCCAAAUCCUGUAGUUUUUAUUAAAUAUAGAUUGCUUUGAAUUCCUCUAUUUGUCUCCACCUCCACUGUCAGAUGCCUGUUCCAGCUACCAUCAUCUCCCUGGGCGCUAAACAGACUCAAGAGUGAGGUUAUCCCCAGUAACCAAGAUACACAAGCCUCUCUCCAGCUCCCAGGCUUGGCACGUGCUGUAGUCUCUUUUUGGAACACUCCCCACCACUCCUGACCAGCGUUCACGUGUGUGUUUCAGAAGCUGUCCCUGUUCUCCGCCCAGGGCUUCUACAGCCCAUUAGUUGCCCCUGUACCAUAGGAAUUGUUGUGUAUCUUGGUCACUUCUCUACCUCCAGCACCUACUACUGUAUUCAAUGAAUGUUAAAUGAAUGGAUGACGAAUGAAAGACUGGGGCCAGAUCUUAAAAUGCGCAGAAGAAAACCCAGUCGGACUUUAUCCUGAGGGCGAGGCCAGUGUCUGCAUGAGGCUCGGGGCAUAAACACCCGUCUCCUGCCCAGGCUUGCCCCACUUCAUGGGCCCGUUCACUCCCAUUCUAGACAAAGUUUGGUUCUAAUCGCUCCCAGUUUCUUUCUUUUUUUAAUUCCGGCUCUGGCUCACUGGCACGGUGUCCCCGACACCGGCCCGAUCUGGAAUCAGGAGAUCUGGGAAAUCUGGGAUCCACAAUCACCAGCCCAACCCCCUCAAUGGUCACCAAUUUCCCCUUCCCUGCAAAGGGCAUGAGCUGCAACAUCUCCUAGCCUUCAGGAUUCCAAUAGCUGGCCAGAACCCUCCCUCACAUCCUCCCGAAGAAGCUUGGCCCUUGCCGGCCGCCGUUGCCUUUCCCCAACCUACUGGUUCGUCGUCCUGCCGCGCACGGUACUCAAGCCCCUUGCGCUGUAACCCAAGGUCUAGAGGGCGGGGCCUCGAUGCGACCCAACGCGUUUGCGCAGACCGCGCCAGUGGGGUAUAAAGGGCAGGGCGGGGGCGGAGACGUGCCUGUGGAGCUGGACGGCGACCGGGAAGGGUCAGUCCGUGCGUGAGCAGCCUUGGCGUUAAGGGUUCCUCGGUUGGAUCCAGAGAGACAGGACUUGGGAAGGAGGGGAGGAGUUAGGCUGGGUCAGCGAGGAGUUACGGGUUUGCAGAGCUAGCAGGAUGUCAGAUCUGGUGAUGUCCAGUGUAAGAUGAGGAAACUGAUACCCAGAAUGGGGCAGUCACUACCUCAGGGACACAUGGUGGGGGUAGGUGUGAUAAGGGAGGCCCAGAAAAGGGACAGAGACCCCAGCGCAGGGUACCUUAGCACGGUAGGGGUCGAGCCAGUGUUGGAACCCAGGGUUCUGUUUUACACCCAGCUGAGUCCCAUAAAAGCCCACCUGACUUCUCUAACCUCGGGACAGCUGCCGAAAAGCUGUAGAGGUAAAGGAAAGUAUUUUCAUUUUUCCAGCAAUUUUUAAGUUGGGAACGUUGGAGGGUGACGCAUUGUAUAUCACAAUGCCCAAUAUCAUUUGCAUCAGGAUCUGGGGCACUUUUUGAGAAUGCAGAUUCUUGAUCCCUAUUCUUAUCUUACCUUUUGGCAGCCCUCCAGUUCUUUAACUGUUCCUUCUUUCCGGAUUGUGAUAGGAUCUUCUCAAUGUGAAGCACCUGAUAUGAAUUUUUAAGUUCAAGUAACCUGAACUGAUCAGUCCAAGCUCUGGGAAGUUAACCGUAACUAAGAGAGAACCCCAGCUUUCACAUCUGAUUAAGAAGGUUCCCCUCCUCCAAGAUGGGUGCCAAAUGACGUGUAUCAGGUGUCUAUUGGUGAGACUUGGGGAAGAUCCCAGACCUUAACAGCCCUCUGAUUGAGUCCCCUCACUUUGUGGCAGGUAAGGUGUCUUUCUUCCCAUUUUGUAGAUGUGGCAGCUGAGUCUUAGAAGUUAUGUGACUUGUUCAAAGGGACCUGGUUUGUGGUGCAGGGAGUAAGGUGUGGGAGUGUGAGGGGCUCUUGGCCAAGCAUCUUACAAGUGAGGCUUUGUCUUUGUGCUCCCUUUGUCCUGAGGCUUUGCCCCUAAAUCUUGGCAUAACUGACUUCUUGUCAUUCACAUGUUUCCUCCUCAGAUGCCAUUCCCACCCCAUCAGUAUAUAUUUUUUUUUCACAGCUCUUACUAGUAUCUGAAAUUACUAAUUUUAUCUGUUUCUCUCCACCAUGUGAGUUCCAUAAGAACAGGGACAAUAUCUGUCCUGUUCACCACUUUACCACCAGCACCUGGAGUGAUAUCUGCUCCAUAGUAGAUCGUCAAUGUCGUUUGCUAAAUGAUAGAAAUAAGCUGGGGAGGGAGAAAGUCAGGGAAACCAACAUAGGUGGAAGCUUAGGAUGUUUUGGGUACUUUUCAUAAACUACUUCAUUUAAUGCCCUCACAGCUUUUCAACGUAGGUACUGUAUCUCCUUUGGGUAGGUAAGAAAACAUGCCAAGUGAGGCCAAGUCAGUGGCUUGUUACUUUUGAGGUGAUAGACUCCUUUGAGAAUCUCCAUUAGACACAAUCUUUUGGCACACCGUGUGGAGGAAUUCACAAACCUCCCUGAGCCCACUCGGGGGUCCCAGAUCAAGGAACCCAGGAUUGGGGAACUUGCCUGAGGUCUCUCUGGCCCCAAACCUUUGUUAGUUCCCCUCUCCACAGCAAGGUUAGAUUCCAUUUAGUGGACUACAGAGAGCCUCCUGAAGAUUCUGUAACAGAGGGAGAUUAUGAGGCACUGAGCCUUUGAUGUGUCAGACCUGAGUUCAAAUCCUGCCUCCAAAGCUAGCAGUGUAACUGUGGGCAACACUUCUCACUUCUCUGAAUCCCACUGCCCUCACUUUGAAAAUGGAAUCUAUUUUUUUUCCCUAACUAUAACUAAUCUUUAUUAAUCUGUUCACCAAGUGCCAGGUAUUUGGUUAAUGGCUUUACAGUUAUAUCACUUUUUAUGUGCCCUGACUUGCCAGAGAUCAUGCAGCCUCCCACGGUUAGCCACUGUGCUCCCACAUGUGCACAGGCUUCCUAAAGCUGGCUUUUGAAUCUAUUGCAGUCUCUGCUCUUGGGAUUUGUGGGAACAUUUGAGUCUGAAUUCACUGAAAAGAGACUAGGAAGGCUGCACUGCAGUGUGAAUGGAGGCCAGUGCCUUCAGUUGGUAUGUGUCUUUCCCACGGUGAGGGCCUCUCUCCAAGCCCGUACUAGGCCUCUCAAUUGGGACAUCUCUGCCCGUCCCGGGGUCUGCGUUGCACAUGGUCUGCUCUGUGCGUGCGUGGCUGCUGUCUCUUUUUAGCAGUGACAUCACCCUGCCUGGUAUUGUUGUUUAUGGGGCUGUCUCCCCACCUGGCUGGGGGCCAUUGCUUGGCCAUUCGGUGGAAUUCCUCUGUCUUCUAGCCCUAGUACAGACCUGGCCCAGCAGUGCUGCUCAGGAAAUGCCUGUGGAAUCAAAGUGAGGACUCUCCCAUGUGUUGAGGAUUUACUGUGUGCCAGGCCUGUCCUGGACACGUUAUAUGUGUUAUCUCAUUUACACCCCAUGGUAAUCCCGAGAGGGAGAAGUUACUGUCCCUCUUUUACCAAGAAGAAAUAGAGACUCAGCUGGGCUUUGCAUUAGGCCCACUUGCAGUGAUUGAUGACACCAGGGCUGAUUCCAGGCCUGUGCUCUCAUCGUGCAUAAGCAGUUCUUGAAACUAUGGUCUGAUAAAGGGGAGAGACACUCCUCAGCCCCCAGGACUCUCAGAGACUUUCUACUAACAAGAUUCUAGUCCAGCUGUCAUUUCAUCCAUGAGGAGGGGUGCCCCGCUGGCUCAGUCAGUAGAGCACGUGACUCGGGAUCUCAGGGUUGUAAGUUCAAGCCCCAAGUUGGGUGUAGAGAUUACUUAAAAAAAAUUUUUUUAACGUUUAUUUAUUUUGGGGAGACAGAGACAGAGAACGAGCAGGGGAGGAACAGAGAGAUGGGGGAGACACAGACUCUGAAGCAGGCUCCAGGCUCUGAGCUGUCAGCACAGAGCCUGACAUGGGGCUCAAACCCAUGAACUGUGAGAUCAUGACCUGAGCUGAAGCAAUCGCUCAACCAACUGAGCCACCCAGGCCCCCAGAGAUUACUUUAAAAAUAAAAUAAAAUAGGGGCUCCUGGGUGGUUUAGUCUAUUGAGUGUCCAACUUCAGCUGAUACCAUGAUCUCGUGGUUUGUAAUUUCGAGUCCUGAAUCAGGCUCUCUGCUGUCAACUCAGAGCCUGCUUCGGAUACUUUGUCCCCACCUCUCUCUGCCCCUCCUCAGCUCAUUCUCAUUCUCUCUCUCUCUCUCUCUCUCUCUCUCUCUCUCUCUCAAAUAAACAUUUAAAAUAAAAUAAUCCAUGAGAAAACAGAAGCCCAGAAAGGAGAGAUGACUUACUUACAGCCCUUCUUUUCCACUUACUGCUUAUCCUUACCCACUUACUUUUGGACAGGAUGGGAUCUGAUUUUACCCACCAUUAAACCACCCAGGUAGCCCUGGUCCAGGUCGACACUCAGUAAAUACUUCUAAAUUUUAUUUAUGAUGAAACAUUAAGAAGGAUAUACAGAUUAGUAUAACAAACACCCGUAUUCCCACCCCCCAGUCUAUGAAGUAAAACAUUGCUAAUAUAGCUGAAGGCCUCGUGCUCCUCCACAACUGUAAUCCCCCAGGAAUAAAGGCUCCCCUAAAUUUGUUGUUUAUUCUAUGUAAUUUUUUAUUGAGCUAUAAUUCAUAUGCCAUAAAAUCCAACCUUUUUAAGUAUACAAUUCAGUGGUUUUUAGUAUGUUCACAAGAUUGCACAACCAAUACCACUCUCUAAGUCCAGAACUUUUCCAUCACACCAAAAGAAACCCCAUACCCAUUAGCAGUCACCUCCCCAUUCCUCCACUCCAACCCCUGGUAGUCACUAAUUUGCUUCAUGUGUCUAUGGACUUGCCUAUUCUGGACAUUUCAUAUAAACGGACUCCUGUAGGUGGCCUUUUGCGUUUGGCUUGCGUCACUUACCAUUAUGUCUUUAAGGCUCAUCCAUGUUGUAGCGUGUACCAGUAUUCCGUUGUGUGGAUACACCACAUUGUGCACCUCCGCCAGUUGGUGGACAUUUGGGUUGUCUCUACUUUUUGGCUAUUAUGAAUGAAGGUGCUGUGAACAUUCAUGUACAGGUUUUUGUGGGGCUGUAUUUAAUUAUCUUGGGAAUAGACCGAGGAGUGGACUUGCUGGCUCGCAGGGUAAUUCUAUGUUGACCUUUUUUUCUCCCCCAAGUUGUUUUUUGUUUGUUUGUUUUUUUAAUUUAGGUAAUCUUUAUACCCCAUGUGGGACUCCCAACUCACGACCCUGAGAUCAAGAGCCACAUGCUUUUCUGACUGAGCCAGCGAGGCGCCCCUCUCUAUUGAACUUUUUGAGGAACUGCCAGACUGUUUUCCAGAGUGGCUGCACUAUUUUACAUUCCCACCAGCAAUGUCUGAGAGUUCCAAUUUUUACAUUCUUACCACGUGUUCCUGCCUGGCUGUUUGAUUCUGACCAUCCCAGUGGGUGUGAGGUAGUGUCACUUGUUUCAAUUUGCAUUUCCCUAAUGACUGAUGAUACUGAGCAUGUUUUCAUGUGCUUAUCGGCUAUUUGUUUAUCUCCUUUGUCUAUUCACAUCUUUUGCCUAAUUUUGUUUUACUUAAAAAAUUUAUUAUCGCUAAAUAUACGUAAAAUAUGCCAUUUUAGCCACUUAAGUGUACAGUUCGGUGGCAUUCGCAUUGUUGUGCAGAUAUCGCCACCAUCUGCUUCAGCAACUUUUUCAGCUUCCCCAACUGAAGCUCUGUACCCAUUGAACAAUAAUUCCCCGUUCCCCUCUCCCAACCAGUCCUAGGCAACCACCAUUCUACUCCUAAAUUACUUUUUUUUAAGUUUAUUUAUUUAUUUUGAGAGAGAGAGAGAGAAAGAGAGAGAGGGACCAUGAGCAGAGGAGGGGCAGAGAGAGAGAGAGAGAGAGGGAGAGAGAGAAUCCCAAGCAGGCUCUUUGCUGAGAGCAUGGAGCCCGAUGUGGGGCUCGAACCCACAAACUGCAAGAUCAUGACCUGAGCUGAAAUCAAGAUGCUUAACCACCUGAGCCACACAAGUACCCCUCCUAGACUGCUUUUUGACUCAGUUUCUCUUUCACUUAAUAAAAGAGAGGGUGCAUUUUUAAUUUCAGUUAUUUGUCUUUUUAUUGUUGAGUUAUAAGAAUUCUUCAUAUAUUCUGGAUCUUAGACCCUGAUCAGAUACAUGAUUUGCAAGUAGUUUCUCCCAUUCUCUGGAUUGUCUUUUUGAUUUGUUGAUAGUGUCCCUUUUUUUUUUUUUUUUCUUUUUUAAUUUGAGAGAGUGCACAAGCGGGGGAGAGGGACAGGUGGGGGAGAGAGAGAAUCCCAAGAAGGCUCCACACUCAGCAUGGAGCCCAACACCGGGCUUAAUUCCACAACCCUCAGAUCAUGACCUGAGCUGAAAUUAAGAGUCAGACUGAGCCACCCAGAUGCCCCUUGACAGUGUCCUUUGAAGUACAAAUGUUUUUCAUUUUGAGGAAGUCCAGUUUAUCUGUUUUUCCUUUGGUGCUUGUGCUUUGAGUAUCAUAUCUAAGAAACCAUUGCCUAAUCCAAAAUCGUGAAGAUUUGUACCUAUGUCUUCUUAGAGUUUUAUAGUUUUCACUCUUACAUGUAGGUCAUUGAUUCAUUGUUAGUUCGUUUUUGUAUAUGGUGUGAGGUAGGUCCUAUGCAUUUUUAAUCCUUUUACUAGGUGUGUGUUUCUAAACAUUAUUUGAUACAAUUUUUUGUUUUUUGGACUUUAAAUGGUAACAUUGUUUACAUUCUCAUGCAGCUUGCUGUCACUUCAGCCUUAUGUUGGGAGAGUCAUCCGUUUGAUCAGGGUCUCAAGAAGUCCCUGGACAGAUGGAACAAGAAUUUGGAGGAUGUGGGUGACCCUGGCCUCCUAGGAUGCAGGUGAUAAGAUAGCACCUCAGACUGAGGGCUGUCCAGGUAUCCUUCAACAGGUAAGAUUUUAACAAACUGUGGCACAUCCAUAAUAUGGAAUACUACUCAGUAACAGAAAGGAACACAUCAUUGAUGUAGGCAACAACUUGGAUUAAUCUCCAGGGAAUUAUGCUGAGUGAACAAAGUGAAUCUUAAAAAGUUACAUACUGUAUGAUUUCAUUUCAUUUUUUAAUUGACAAGUAAAAAAAAAUUUUUUAAUGUUCAUUUAUUUUUGAGAGAGAGAGAGAGAGAGCAUGAAUGAAGGAAGGGCAGAGAGAGAGAGAGGGAGACACAGAAUCUGAAACAGACUCCAGGCUCUGAGCUGUCAGCACAGAGCCUGACUCAGGGCUUGAACUCGGUAACCGUGAGAUCAUGACCUACGCCAAAGUCGGACUCUUAACCAAGUGAGCCACCCAGGCACCCCUGAAUUGACAAUUUUAGAAAUGGAGAACAGAUUGGAGGUUAAUUUUGGAUGGGUUAAGGAUGGGAAGGAGGAGGGUGUCUUGUUGUUGGAACUCUUCAGAAUAUUAACUGUAGUGGUGGAUCUGUGAACAUAUACAGGUGAUAAAAUUGUAUAGAACUUAAUACACACACACACAUACACACAUGUAUAUGUAAAACUGGGAAAACUUGAAUGAACUUGGGGGAUAGUAUCAAUGUCAAUACAGGUGAUCUCUCUGUAUUGUUUCUUAUAAUUGUGAAUAUGUAAUUACCUAAAAGAAAUUUCAAUUAAAAAAUGAAAUUUAAGGCCCAAAGUAUUGGCAGGACAAUAGAGAUAUUUGUAAGACAGCAUUCUCAACCCACAUAAAAAAUCCUGAGGGCUAGGGCGCCUGGGCGGCUCAGUUGGUUAAGCAUCUGAUUCUUGAUCUCGGCUCAGGUCAGUGCGGAGCUUGCUUGGGAUUCUUUCUCUCUGCCUCUCCCCCACUUGCAUGUGCAUAUGCCCCCCCCUCCAAAGAAAUAAAUAAACUUAAAAAAAAUCCCGAGGGCUAUGUGCAAGGAGGCUUUUUGCCCUUAAGUUAGCAAAGUCCAGCUCCACAGAGAGGUGGGCAGUAUUCCCUGAGAUGUGGAGGAGUGCAGGGUCACCCUAAACACUUCAAGAGACCCAGGGUAGACCCAUUGGGUUGGUUUCUGAGCUUAAUUCUUUGAGUCUCUCUGUCCUUCACCUCCUGAACUGACACCACUAUCAUAAGGGCAAGGGCAGAGCCACAAGCCACUCCCACUCCUCCCACUCCACCUCUGUUUGGUCUUCUGAGAAGGACAGAUGUUCCUUCUUCAUUCUCUACUCCACCAGGUUGCCCCUCCCCUGGGAUGUCCUGUAUCAAUUGUUACGAACUCUCUGUGCCUCCUCCAUGACUGUCUCCUCUACUAGACAGACUCCUGGACCUUGGGAACAAGACCAGAACCAGUCCCAAUCUGGGGGGCAUCAGAGAGUGUUUGUUAUACUCAACUAAAUGGGAAGUUGACCCUGGCUGAGAUAAACCUGUUCUGAUCCUGAGAUCCUAGGGAGGGCCUGGACUGUGGCAUAGGAUUUGGGGGGUAGUAUGGCUGUGGUCUUACAAGAUUCUGGGACUUUGUUUCCACCUGGUAGGCCCACUAGGAUAUCUCUUCCAGAAUGUUGGCUGCCCUGAACACUGCUUCAAAUUCUGUCCCCAGAAUGGGAGACCCAAGGAUCCUCCACUAGACUACCCCAACAUACAUGUACUCACAGGGAUCAUGUGUUCACAUUGCUGACCUCUUACUUUGGGAUAAGCACUUUGGUUUCUUUAUUUCUCUCAGCAACAUUUAUAAGGGAGGUAUUCUUUAUAUAUCCAUUUUGCAGAGAAGGAACCCAAGGCUCAGAGAGGUUAAGUAACUUGCUCAAGGUCACUUAGCUUGUAAGUAGCAGAGCAAGGACUUGAAGAGGCAUUCCUAAUGUGUGCCAGUCUAGUGCCUGCAGGUGCAAAGCUGAAAAAAAGAAACAUCACUGCCCUUAUGGAGCUAAUGAUAAAAUCACCAAACAUAUGUGUUUAUGUAUGGCAGUCAGAGGCUAAGCUCUUUAUAUACAUUAUAUAAUUGACUCAUUUACAACCAAAUGAAAUAAGGUUAUGCCCAUUUUACAAUGGAAAUUGAAGCUCCAGGAGGAAAAGAGACCUGCUCAAGGUCACAUAGCAAGUAGAAUACAGACCUGGACAGUCUGCUCUAGAGCCAGUGCUAUCAGACCCUCUUCUGCCAUCUCCUCCCUAGACCUAUUUUUGGCUUUUUCCCUCCUCUGUACACAGGCCCCCUCCAUGCUAUUAUUUCUGCCCUCCCUUCACCCCAGCUCUUCUGUCUAGCCUGUGUCCAUAGACCCAUUCAUAUUCUAAGCAUAGUUUGGAACCUGUGGUUGGGCCAGAAUAUCUAUCAGCACGAUGAUACCCCUCACUCUGACCCUUUCUGUUCCACCCAGCUGCCUGGCAAGGGGAGUCUUGCGGGAGACUACUACCCAGUCCCCUCACCUACCUGUGGUGGCCGGAAUAUGUGUGGCCUCUGCAGUGCAGAGGAUAGAGCAGCAGGAUGCCCACACCUGGCAGAGAGGCCAGCACACCAGGGGGUGCAGGUAGCACUGGGCCUGUCAGUGCUAGUGGUUCUGGAGGCUAAUAUGAGCAGCAGCAACUGCUGGCAUUAUCUAGCCUCUAAGAAUAGCUUGGGCUGAAGAGUUGGGGUCUGGGGCCAGGGAAGAGGGCAGGAGCCUGUUUCCACCGCCCCUGCCACCUCUGCUGCUGCUUGGCCUAGAAACUGGAAAGCCUCCCUUCUGGCUUACCAUUUGCUCUGGGAUGGUUUUGCAUGGAUGUGUCUUGCCUGCUAUUGGGCUGGAGGAAAGAGGGUGACCCAUAGACUCAGACCCAGGGCUGAGGUCAAUGAGCCCACACCCUGAGGACUGGCCCUCACCAGGCCUUCCCCAUUGGCAUAGAAUAGGAGCUUGCUUUUUCAAGGAUCAUGUUGGAAGUGAAUCUUAUUCAUUUAGCGAAUCCUUAAGAACUAGAUAAUAUAUACCCAUGAUUCAAAAUUCAAAAGUAUAAAAGGGUAAGCAAGAAGAAAAUCAGCCUCCCUCCCUUCCCUAGCCCUCAGCCACCUAUUCCCCUCUCCAGAGGCCACCGCUCUUACCAGCAAAGGUGGUCCCUCCAUAGGUAGGCACGUAAAUACGUGACUCUUCUAUCCCCCCAUUUUUGCAUGAGCGAUAGCACAUCCCAUCCAUUCUUCUGCCCCUUGCUUUUUUCACUUAAUGAUAUAUGUUGUAAAGAACAGUAAUUUACUGAGUCUUUACUCUGGCAUGCACUAUUGUAACUAAGCACUUCAGAUGUUAUAACUCAUAUAAUGUUCAUCAGAAUCCUGUGUUGUGGUAGGUCUUUUUUACGAUUUUCCAUUGUUCAGAGGUUAAAUAAUUUCCCAAGAUUUCAGAGCUGGUAAUUGGCAGAGCCAGGAUUCAAUCCCGGGAAGUCUGACUUUAAGGUGUUCUUCAUCACUACCCUAUACUGCCUCUCAUGCUUGAGCCCUGUCACUACAUAGCACCCCCUUACUCUCCCUAAGGGCCAAGGUAAGAAAUGUAUAUUGAGAGACGCCUGGGUGGCUCAGUCAGUUAAGUGUCCAACUUUUGAUUUCGGUUCAGGUCAUGAUCUCACAGUUUUGAGAUCUGGCUCUGCCUUGGGCGUGCAGCCUAUUUAGGAUUCUCUUUCUCCCUCUCUCCCUCCCCUGCUCUCACGUGUGCGCACGUGCUCUCUCUUUCUCUCAAAAAAAAAAUAUUAAAAAAAAUAAGAAAUGUACAUUGAACACUCACCAUGGCCAGGUUCAGGCUGGGAUACAGCAGAGAAUAAAAAAGAUUAGGUCUUUGCCCUCACGGAACUGGCACCCCAGUGUCCACACGUGUCUGUCAACCAAAGCAGGAAGAGGGAAACACACGUCACACACACCCACAUGUCCAAGUACAGGCCUGCUGUUUGCACACACUUUUCUCCCUUAUCCACUGAUCGUUUACUCACACAGCCUCUGAGCUGAAAGGCCUUCUA